AUGGCCGCAGCUCACAGCGCCGGUGACGUGAGCUAUCCCAACACUAACGGGAGUAGCCUCACAGAUGCCGUGACAAAAGGUCCCGUCAUCGACAACAUCAAAGCCGAGGCCUCUCGGACCAGCGACGAAUUGCGCGAUCUGAGAUACUCGAGUGUCUCACCCUCGACAACCACGGCGACCGGCCAGCCCCUGACCUACUACCAUUCCUUGCUCUAUAGGCUCCUGAGCUGGGAGCAACCCCGAGCCACUGCCGUCUCGUUCGCAAGCGUUGUCACUUUUAUUUUCGCCGCCCGUUAUCUUCCUCUGCUUCGCUGGUUCUUCAAGUUUGUCUAUCUGGCUUUGGGAUUCACCGCCGCUGCUGAACUCGGUGGCAGACUGGUGCUGUCGCAAGGCCUCGCCAGCUCCUUCCGCCCUCGCAAAUACUACACAGUCCCCAAGGAAACCGUUGAAGCGGUUCUGGAGGACCUCGAACAGCUCACCGACUUCCUUCUUCUUGAGUUCCAGCGCAUUCUGUUCGCCGAGAAUGUGGUUCACACUGUUGCUGCAUUCUUUGCUGCCUUUACUGCAUACUGGUUGAUCAAGUUCCUCCCAUUCUGGGGACUGUCGCUCAUUGCUGUUACUAUUGCCUACCUCGGCCCCCUCGUCUACCUCAGCAACCGCGAAGUUAUUGAUGCUCACAUUGAGAACGCUCAGGGCGUCAUUAACUCCCAGGCUCACCAGCUGAAGGAUAUUGCUGAAGAGCGCACUUCCCACGCCACCGGCCUUGUGAAGCAGUACGUGGAAGACUACAGCUCCAAGGCACAGGAAUACAUCGGCCACCGUCGUAGUGUUUCGCGCGAGCUGUCGAAGACCGCCGGCCCCGUUGUGAAGAAGGACCCCGCUGCCGAGGCUAUUGUGCAAAAGGACUUCACCGCCGAGCCUCUGAUCAAGACCGAACCCGCCACUGAACCUGUUAUCAAAACUUCCGACUUCCCCGAGACUCCCAGCGAAGAGCCCGUGGCCCCUCCUGUGGAGCACAACCGACAGCCUUUGGAGACCCGGGAGCCUCUCUUGGCUGCUUAA